GAGUGGGGGAAUAUUGUAUUGGAGAAAAAAGAAAAGGGUAGAGCGGUAAAAACGGAUGCAACGAAUUUGAUAAACCGAUCACGUCCGGAAGCCAAGCUCGUAUAUAUAUAAACCCCCCUAUUAUUAUUCUCAUUCAUCAUAUCAUUCCCCCAAAACACAAACCCUAUUUUCUCUCUUUCUCUCUCAAAUCAAUCAAAUGGCCGAUCAGCUCACCGAUGACCAGAUCUCUGAAUUCAAAGAAGCCUUCAGCCUAUUCGACAAGGACGGCGAUGGUUGUAUCACGACAAAGGAACUUGGAACAGUGAUGAGAUCGCUUGGGCAAAACCCAACAGAAGCGGAACUCCAAGACAUGAUCAACGAAGUGGAUGCAGAUGGCAAUGGAACGAUCGACUUCCCAGAGUUUCUAAAUCUCAUGGCAAGAAAGAUGAAGGAUACAGACUCUGAGGAGGAGUUGAAAGAGGCAUUCAGAGUGUUUGACAAAGACCAAAACGGCUUCAUCUCAGCUGCUGAGCUGCGCCACGUGAUGACAAACCUGGGUGAGAAGCUUACUGAUGAAGAAGUCGAUGAGAUGAUCCGAGAGGCUGAUGUUGAUGGGGAUGGCCAAAUCAACUACGAGGAGUUCGUUAAGGUUAUGAUGGCUAAGUGAUACUAGUAGUGUGGUAUUGUUAUCUAGUUUAUGUCAAUUGGUUUUGGGCUUUGGAUCCUCUAAAAUCUUCUUGUUUAAUUAUGUAUCUGAUGAUGACAAGUGCUUCUUAAGUUUGUUAUUCUGUUCUCGUGAUA